CCCCCCCCCCUCCCUCCUUUAUUUCAGUUUCGCGCCCGCUCAGUUCUAUUCUCUCCCGCUUCCUUUUUUAGGGUUUUGAAAAGCUCUUCCGCUUCACUUUCAACUCACUCUUUCUUUUUCUCUGUCAGUUUCUCGAAGAAAAAAGUUUUUCGCCGGAAAAAAUGCCGCCGAUAAACUUGACGGAAGGUGCGAUAGCGAUUUUAACGAACGGCGAAGCACAUUCGGAGGAUUUUAAACCGGUGUUACAAAUCACGGAUAUUCGGUUAGUGAACACUCAGAAUCAAAAUAACAAUAACGAACGCUACCGGAUUCUUUUAUCGGACGGGGAGUUUCUUCAGCAAGGGAUGUUAGCUACUCAAAAAAACGAUCUUAUUCGGUCUCAACAGAUUCAAAAAGGAUCUAUUAUUCAGAUGAAUCAGUUCGUUUGUAAUAACAUCCAAAAUCGAAUGAUCAUCAUCGUCAUUGAAUUAGAUAUUUUACAUGAGACAUGUGAUACCAUUGGAGAACCAAAGCAUUAUCUCCCAAAUGGUAUUAGUCCUUCAGUGCCUCGGCCAGCUGCCCCACUUCAGCCUUCCACCAAUCAAUCAGGUGGUUUAAGUGGCAGCCCUCAAUCCUUUACUGCUGUUUCAGCUACUUCAAGCUCAGCUCCAAGACCAAAUAUGCCUGGAGGGAUGCGAUCUCCUGAGUCAAACCAUAGCAUUGGUUAUAAUACUUCCUCUGCUGGUAAUAUUGACUCUGGAAGAUAUAGUUCAACAAGUGCACCCCUUUACCCCAAAGCAGAAUCUGGUCCAGCGAUUUCACGGGCUCCGACGAAUAAUUAUGUGCGGCCACCUCAGCCUUCUUAUCAGCAGCAUCCUCAGUCUUCUUAUCAGCAGCCACCACCGUUGUACUCAAACAGAGGACCUAUAGCCAAGAACGAAGCACCGCCGAGGAUUGUUCCAAUUGCUGCUCUCAAUCCAUAUCAGGGUCGAUGGACUAUCAAGGCCAGGGUUACUGCUAAGGCAGAACUCAGACACUACAACAAUCAAAGGGGUGAUGGAAAAGUAUUCUCUUUUGAUCUUAUUGAUUCUGAUGGAGGAGAAAUAAGAGUAACAUGCUUUAACUCUGUAGCUGACCAAUUUUACGGCCAGAUUGAGCCAGGUAGAGUGUAUUUGAUUUCCAAGGGUAGCUUGAGACCAGCUCAGAAAGCUUACAAUCACCUUCCAAAUGACCAUGAAAUUAUGCUCGAGAGCACAUCAGUGGUUCAACCUUGUUUUGAGGAUGACAGGACUAUUCCUCAGCAACAAUUUCAUUUUCGGCCAAUCAGUGAUAUUGAGGCCUUGGAGAACAAUAGUGUGGUAGAUGUGAUUGGUGUGGUGUCUUCAAUAAGUCCAUCUAGCUCAAUAAUGAGGAAAAAUGGUACAGAAACUCAGAGAAGAGUUCUCCAGCUGAAGGAUAUGUCUGGCAAAAGUGUUGAAUUAACUUUGUGGGGAAAUUUCUGCAAUGCAGAAGGUCAAACACUUCAAAGUAUGUGUGAUUCUGGAGCUUCCCCUGUUUUGGCAGUCAAAGCUGGUAGAGUAAAUGAUUUUAAUGGCAAAUCUGUAAGUACUAUAUCUACAAGCAAGUUGUUUACAGAACCAGAUUUUCCUGAAGCUCUAAAACUGAAGGCAUGGUUUGAGAGGGAGGGAAAGAACACGCCAUCAGUAUCUCUUUCCCGAGAAGUGAGCAGCAUUGGUCGGACAGAUGUGCGAAAAACUAUAUCUCAAAUCAAAGAUGAACGAUUGGGCACUUCCGAGAAACCAGAUUGGAUCACAAUAAGUGCCACUGUUACAUUUAUAAAGGGUGAGAAUUUUUGCUAUCCUGCCUGUCCCCUCAUGAUAGGAGAUCGACAGUGCAACAAAAAAGUGACAAAUAAUGGGGAUGGGAAAUGGCGGUGUGACAGGUGUGAUCAGACUGUUGAUGAAUGCGAAUAUAGGUACAUUCUUCAGUUCCAGAUUCAGGACCAUACUGGCUUAACCUGGGUUACUGCAUUUCAGGAAUGUGGUGACCAGAUCAUGGGUGUCUCUGCAAAAGAACUGUAUUUCCUAAAAUAUGAGGGGCAGGAUGAUGAUAGAUUUACAGAUAUCAUGCGUAAUGUCUUAUUCAACAAAUUUAUCUUCAAAUUGAAAGUGAAAGAAGAGAUGUUUAGCGAUGAACAGCGCGUUAAGUCAACAGUGGUCAAAGCAGAGAAGCUGAACUUCCAAUCAGAGAUCCGGUUUCUGUUGGAUUUGAUAGACAAGAACAAUGGGCUGGAAUCCAGUACUCUGCCUCCUAAGACAGAUGAUACAACUCCAACUUCAGGGUAUGGUAAUGCUGGAUUUGGGAGUAGAACCAUAGAACCGAUGAAUCCUGUUGCAAAUUAUGGUGGCAGCAAUAGCAGUAUCAGCAGAGAAAGUGGACUGCAGGGAAAUCAGCAAGGUCAAUACGGAAAUAAGUUUACUGGCUCACAGUUUGCUCCACCUGGUUCUACAGGCAUGUAUAUGAGCUGUAAUAGUUGUGGUGGAACAGGCCAUAGUGCUUCAAACUGUCCAAGCAUCAUGAGUGGUCAGGGCCAGGCAUAUGGAGGUGGCUUUGGCAAUAGGGGAACGUCAGGAAUGAGCAGUGAUGGUGCUUCCGGUGAGUGCUAUAAAUGCCAUCAGUUUGGACAUUGGGCAAGAGAUUGCCCAGGUGUAAGCAAUGCACCCCCUGCCAAUAACAUGACCCCUGCUUCAGGAAUGAGCAGUGGUGGUGCUUCCGGUGAGUGUUAUAAAUGCCAUCAGUUUGGACAUUGGGCAAGAGAUUGCCCAGGUGUAAGCAGUGCACCCGCUGCCAAUAACAUGACUCCUGGAAGAUAUGGGAAUCCUCCGCGGCAACGUGUUGGUGGAUUUUGAUCAACCUUUGAGCAUAUAUGGAUCAUCUUCUGCUUUAGAGAAAGCUUCUUGACGCUUGCAUUUUGCCUUCUUUCUAUACAGUGACUACUUGGGGCUGAAAUUUUGUGCUAUUGUUCCUGAAUGCCUGGGCUUAAAGUUGUCCUCAGUUUUGAGGAGCAACAUGUUUUUGCUCUUCCCUGUAAAUUAUUUCCUGUUUAAGUUUUUCUUGAUCUCUUUUAUUGUUCUUUUUAGGUAAUCUGUCUUUGUGGUUUCGUCCUUUUAAGAGCAAAAUUCCUGUGUUAUAGUGUAGACUGCUAUAUUAAUGUUAUGUAUCUUUUUUCA